AUGAGGCUGCUGGACAACAAUAUGAACACUGCGCUUGAGAAUUUCAGCUCAUUUGAUGUUAAUCUUCAUGGGUUUAUUCCUGUGUCUGCUGACAAUUUCUCAGAUCAUCAUCAUCCUCUUGCAUACAUGUCUCUACAAGAUGGUACUGAAGCCAUUCCGAGCUUUAACUUCAAUGGUGAUCCUAUGAACCAUUUCCCAACAACAACAGAAGUGUUUGGUCAGCUUCAACGCGAUGGCAUCGCUACCAGGGUUGAAAGCUUCAUGAAUCUCAAUCCUCCCAUCUUCGGCCCUGGAUUUAUCGAAGAAAACAAGGACUAUGGUGUUAAAAAGCGGAAGAAGAACAACGAAGCCGGAGUGGAGAAAGCGAGAGAGGUUGUUCAUGUGAGAGCGAAGAGAGGUGAAGCUACUGAUAGUCACAGUUUGGCUGAAAGGAUGAGAAGAGAAAAAAUCAAUGAAAAACUACGACGUUUGCAAGAUCUAGUUCCAGGCUGUUAUAAGACGAUGGGAAUGUCGAUGAUGUUGGAUGUGAUAAUCAACUAUGUUCGAUCAUUGCAGAACCAAAUCGAGUUUCUUUCAAUGAAGCUUUCAGCAGCAAGCAUGUUUUACGACUUCAACUCAUCUGAAAUGGAGGAUAUGGAAACAUUGAAGGGAACAAAUGGGAAUGAAGCACAAGUGAUGGAGAGGAUGGCUAGAGAAGGCUAUGGAGGAGGAGACCUUCCUCCCUUUCAGUCGACAUGGUCUCCUUGA